CUAUUUAUAGAUCUGGAUUUCCCAUUAAAAUUACGUAUGUGAAAUUCCGUAAUACUUUCCUCUCAAAUUUACUGCGAUUAAAAAGACUUAAUUUACUGUUAUCAUUUUUGUUUUUGGUGCAUAAGAAAAAGAAGUGCGGAAAAUGAAAAACUGAUUGAAACCAUCAGUAUUUUGAAUUUAAUGUCAGAAAAUGUCAGGAUCAAAGGACUGGAACGAUUUGGACGCUGGUGGAGACAAGGGAAAACCGCCUAAACGUGGUGCAAGACCUGAUUUACAAGAAAAAAUGCGAAGAAGGUUUCAAAAUCGAAAUCCAGAGUCAAGCAGUGAAAACACAUCACCUGUUCUGUUCGAAGAUGCAAGUGGUCGGACGGGAGCUUUUAGACAGGUACCAGAAGGUGCUGCAGCUUCAUCAGGUGAACCAAGGGAAAAACAAAGGGGACGAGGAGAAACUCCUGUAUUAAAUGAUCCAGACGCAAAUGGCAAUUUUAUGUUUCACGAUGGCCACAAUUCAGAUUUAGGAAAGUCAAGGACAUCAAAAAGUCAAGGUCGUAAGUUACAAGAUCAAGGUGCGUCAGGUGGACAAGACCAUUUAGAUAAGGCAUUAAAUAGUGUUAUAGGUGAACUGGACAGAGAUGAUAUGUCUCAUAAGGGCAAGAAAUCUCAAGGAGGGUCAGAAGCGGUAUUUGAAAAUAAUUUUGAUGAUGUGGAAUCUCCCCAAGCAUUCAAUAUCCCUGCAGGCGGCGGUGUAUUUGCAAGAUCGGGACCACAAGGUGGAAACAGUCUUCCACAAGGUUUGCAUCAAUAUCAAAAUGGUUCAGGGAACCUUAAAAGAGGGCAUGGAAGGAAGGUUGAUAAAAAAGAUGAUGAAAUGAUGGGCAAUAAACAAGAACAACAUCAAGCACCAGAUGCUAUGCAGGAAAUGCUGAGAUCUUUGAUGGGUGGAGGUCAGAAUGUUAAUGAGAGAGAAGAUCCAUUAGCAGCACUAUUUGGAGGUCAGCCAGGUGGUAAUGGUGGAAUGGGAGGGUUAUUCGGUGAUGGAGAAAAUCCAUUAGCUGCAUUGAUGGGGAAUAGAGGUGGUGAUAGAAAUGACAAUGAAAAUCCAAUGGCAGCUUUGCUUGCUGGUGGUGGAAGGGAUCCAUUAGCUAAUAUGAUGGGAGGAGGUGCUGCUAAUUCUAAAAAAAACAAGCAGAAUUUUGAUAAUGAUUUAAUGUCAUCACUUGUAGGUGAUCAAAAUAAACAGAGGAAAGAAAAUGUACAAGCUAGUAGGGCAGCAAAAAAACGUAAUGGACAUGAUGCAAGCUCUGAAGAUGAAAGCAGUUCUGAGGAUGAAGAUGAGGAUGAUGAUAGUUCUGCGGAGGAAACUCCUUUUGCAAUGGGACAGGGAAAAGAUCCAAUCCGUGCAAUGUUAGAUGAAAUGACCAAAGAUAUGGAAGUAAAUGCUAGUCCAUUGGCUGCAAAAGGUGCAUCUAAGGUUGGUGGUGAUAAGAAAAGAGAACCUAGUGGGUUGGGUCAAAUGAGAGGUGUAAAGGGUGCAGGUCAAGGAAGUAUGAACCCUUUAGCUUCAGUAGGCAAUGGUGAUAGACAAGGUGGUGGGGGUAACCCUUUUGCUUCAAUGCAAGGUGGCAGUGGAAAUCCUCCAGCAGCACUUAUGGGUGGAAAUGGAAGAGGAAAGGGAGGAGGAGUUGAAGCAGGUGGAAAUCCUCUUGCAGCCUUAAUGGGUGGAGCAGGAAGUGGAAGAGGUGAACCAGGUGGAAAUCCUCUAGCAGCCCUAAUGGGUGAAGGAAGUCAUGGUGAUGGUGGAAAUCCUCUAGCAGCCCUAAUGGGUGGAAGAGGAAGUGGAGGAGGUGAAUCAGGUGGAAAUCCUCUAGCUGCGUUAAUGGGUGAAGGUAGUCAUGGUGAUGGUGGAAAUCCUCUAGCAGCCCUAAUGGGUGGAAUGGGAAGUGGAGGAGGUGAAUCAGGUGGAAAUCCUCUAGCUGCGUUAAUGGGUGGAAGAGGAAGUGGAGGAGGUGAAUCAGGUGGAAAUCCUCUAGCAGCAUUAAUGGGUGGAAGAGGAAGUGGAGGAGGUGAAUCAGGUGGAAAUCCUCUAGCAGCCUUAAUGGGUGGAAAUGGAGGGGGUAUGGGAGGAGGAGUUGAAGCUGGUGGAAAUCCUCUAGCAGCUUUAAUGGGUGGGGGAGGAAAUCCUCUAGCAGCUUUAAUGGGUGGAGGUGGAAGAAGUAUGGGAGGAGUUGAGGGAGGAGGAGAUCCUCUAGCAGCUUUAAUGGGCAGAGGUGGAAGAGGAAGAGGUGGUCCAGAUGGGGACUCCAUGGCCUCACUGAUGGGUGGAAGAGGAGGUGGUAACCCUCUAGCAGGGCUAAUGGGAGGCCAAGGUAGAGGAGGUGGUAGUGGUGGAUUACCUGGUAUGUUUGGGGGAGGUGGGACAAGUGGUGGAGGAGGAGGAGACCAGAUGUCACAGGCUCUUGCGUCAAUCAUGGGUGGCGCAGGGAGAGGAUCAGGGGGUAAUCCAAUGGCGUCACUCAUGUCAUCACUUGGAGGAGGAGGUGGUGGGUCUGACGGACCUCAACAACAGUUACUGCGCCAAAUGAUGGGACAGGCUGGUAUCUCAGAGGAAGAUGAAUUAACUCCGGAAAAUGCUGGGGAUAAUGAGAUCAUGCAGCAGUUACUAGCUUAUGAAUCUAUGAGAGCACAAAGUAGCCGUGCUCCUCGUGCUGAUAAUGCCAUGAGUACAAUCAUUGUAGUGGAUACUUCUGGAAGCAUGGAUGGUCAACCUUUGAUAGAAGCAGGGCAAUUUAUUUCACAGUUUAUAAAUGGUUUGGAAGAAUUACAAUUUGAAUAUAACUUGCAAGAAAAUGUGGCGCUGGUCUGUGUAGGUGGGGAAACACAAGUUGUUCAACAUUUCACCAAUGAUUACAGUCUCAUUAGACAGGCCACUGAUUCAUUAAGUGCAUCAGGAUCAAGUCGACUUCAACUUGGUUUACUUUUGCCAAUAGCAGUACUUCAUAGUGGUGGCCCUGACAGCAGAAAUGAAGGUGGCAUAUGUAAUAUAAAUGGACAUCUGGCAUGUCCCCGUGUUAUAUUCAUCAGUGAUGGCUACCCAACCACAAGUGAUGACAUUCCCGGCCAUCAACCACGACCUGAUGAUAAGAUGACCCUUGCUCUGCAAAACCUUUGUGUAGAGCUAACACAGACUGUUACACAGAGAACACUUUGUAAAGUUUAUUGUGUGCCAGUGGGAAAUAGUAAUCUGAAUUUUAUGGAAAUGUUAUCUUCUACUACUGGAGGAAGAGUGAUGCAGUCAACUGAUGCUAAACACAUGAGCCAUUGUCUCCUUCAUCAUAAUCUGGUUGCUAAACUACGUGAGAAUAGUCAGAAGGAACCAACACGUGCAGCUGUAGCCGAGUUACUCAAACAAGUUACAGCUACUGCUGAUGAAGAUGAUAUUAAUGGCGUAUUUGAAGUAAUCAGAGAAGGGGAGCCAGAUGUACAAGCAAGAGAUGCACGAGUUGCCCAGGAAAUGAUGCAAGGUAGAGGAAGAGGUCGAGGUAGAGGUGGCGGAGGUGGAGGUGGCGGAGGUGGAGGUAUGCAAGGAAUGGAAGAAAUGGCUGCUUUAAUGGGACAAGGCCGUGGACAAAUGCCAGGGGGCUUACAGUCAAUGAUGGGAAUGGCAGGAGGAGGUGGAAGAGGCCGUGGUUUUCCAUCUUUAAUGGGCAGAGGUAGACCCGGAGGUGGCAUGCCAAUGAUGACAGAAGGUGGAGGGGGAUUAGGUGGAAUACAGGCAAUGUUAGGAAUGGCAGGAAAUAUGGGACAGGGUGGUGGACAAGGUCGUGGAAUGGACAGUUUGAUGGGAAUGGGUAGAGGUGGAGGAGGACUUGAGGGUCUAAUGGGAGGAAUGGGUAGGGGUGGAGGAGGACUUGAGGGUUUAAUGGGAGGAAUGGGUAGGGGUGGAGGAGGACUUGAGGGUCUAAUGGGAGGAAUGGGUAGGGGUGGAGGAGGACUUGAGGGUCUAAUGGGAGGAAUGGGUAGGGGUGGAGGAGGACUUGAGGGUCUAAUGGGAGGAAUGGGUAGGGGUGGAGGAGAUGCUGCAGGUGGAUUAGGAGGUUUACCUAGUAUGGGACAGGGAGGAAGUGGUAACCAAGGAAAUAAUUUAGAGGCUUUGUUUAAUAUGAGCAGAGGAGGAAGGGAUCAAAGAGAUGGUGAUGGUUUAGCCUUAGGUGGUAUGGGACAAGGUGCAGCUGGAAGCGGUUUUGGUUCAGCUGGUAAAGGACCAGAUGGAGGUGGUGAUCGAAAUGCUUUUCUUGGAAUGGGAAGAAAACCGGAAGGAAAUGAAGGACAAGGGAACAGAGGAGGGUCUCAAGCUGGCAAUUCUGGACUUGAACCUGUGUCUGGACAAGCAAAUGGAGCUGGGGAGAAACAAACAAUGCUUGGAAUGGGAGGUGGGGACAACCAAAAUGAACAACAAAAUGUUGGAAUCGAUCAAAUGUCAGGUGCUGGCCCUCAAGCAAUGUUAGGAAGGGGAAACCCGAACCCAGUUGGUGAAAAAAAAAGCAGAAACCAAGGUGAUGCCAUACGUCGACAGAUGCUUGGAUUGGGAAAUGCUGAGGAAGAAAAUGAGCAAGGAAAAAGUUUGUUUAGUCAUUUGCCAGGUGGCAGUCUUCAUGCAAUGUUGGGAAUGGGUGAUCUACCUGAAACUUUACCAGGUGCAAAAAAAGAAGGGGAUAAAGGCCAGGGCAAGGAUAGGAAAAAGAGUAAAAAGAGCCGCUCGGGUAAAGGUCCAAAGCAAGGUGAAGGUGCACAACCAGUAGUUGGUGAUGAGGAUGGUAGCCUAGGCCAGUUCCAAAGCAAGGAAGAUGAGACUGAACAAGGAGCACAAGGUGGUCUUGGCUUGUUAUCAGGCGAUGGGUCUAAAGGGGCAGAAGCUGCAGAAGGAAAUGAUAUUAAACAUAAAAAAAAGAAAAAAGGAAGAAAAACAGCUAGAAAAAAUAGUGGUGACAAUGGAGAACCCUCAGGUUCUGGUAAAGUCAAUGGUAACCCAGAGAUUGGAGGAUCGGGUAAUGCAGAUGAGCCAAGAAAUGUACCUCCAAGACAAAAUCAACGUGGUAGUGGUUUAUUUAACAAUGUUCCUCCAAUGAGCUUUGGUCUUGACGAGCAUGGAAAAGCCCACUUUAUUGACCUCAUGGGUGGCUUGGGAGACAAUGACAAAGAAGGAGAAGAGCUUAUGGCAAAACUAUCUGAAUUACUUGAAAAUUCUGAUUUGGGUGAUGAUGGUGAAGAAGAUGAUAAUGAUAAUAAUGAUGAAAAUCAAGGAGAAAGAGGUGGUUUACUCCGAGGAUUACCGGAUAUUCUUGGCUUAGGAGGUAGAAGGGCAGGAGGAAUACCCGGUAUGCCAGGUAAUAGAGGUAACCAACCACAAAAUAUAGGCGGUCCCCCACCUAAUAUUAGAGACUAUCUCCAAAAUAUGGGCCGAGAAUCUAUGGGACAAAACAUUGGAGGUGCAAGAGAUGAAGAUGGGGACGUAAUAAUGGGGGGACUUGGAGGCAUGGGACAGCGACAAGGAGGUGCACCAUUUGCUGGUUUAGGUGGUAUUGGUGGAGGGAACCUACCAUUUGGUGUUAAUAGAGGGCAGCAAGGAGCUCCUAUGCCACAAGGUUUUGGUCAGGCUCCAGAAAACCUACAACAACUUGAACAGAUUUUGCAGAAUGCUGGAGGAGAUAACCAAGGUAUGCCAUCUGUAGAACAGUUGCUGGCACAGCUAGGUAUGGGUGGAAUGGGUAAUUUACCAGGCGGACAAAAUCCAUUUGGAGGUCAAGGUUAAUAAAUGAUGGACCAACUAAUGUUGGAUAAUAAAGAAAAAAACAGAUCGGAUUUUGCAGACAUUUUGUGAGAGACAAUAUUAUGACACUAUCAGCCAUGUUGACAUAACAUGUUUCCUAAUGAUUUCUGUGUAAUUCAUAAACAUUUUGACAUAAAGUGAUUUCUGUGUAAUCUAUAAUCAUCUUCAUCAUGUUGAAAGUUUGAAUCAUGAACAGUCAGUUACAUGUUGAAAAUUACAUAAAUCAUAUUACACCAUCAUGUUCAAAUGAAGAAACUUGUCCACAUAAAAUAUUUAUGUAAGCAUAAAGAGGAAUAAUUAUUUACAUAGUGCCAUAAAAGAUGUAUGUACAGUACCCUUGAAAAGUUUUGACAACAUAAAGUUUUCAGUUGCACAGGAUGCUUGACAAAACACUGAAUGUCUCGGUAUUUGUAUUUUGUCAUAAUAUGGCAUUAAUGUUGAGAUGAAAGUGCUCAUAAUAAUCAUUGAAAUGAUUAAACAUUUGUUUUGUGAUACUGUUACAGUGUAUUUUAAAAACAUUCACUCCACAUGAUAAAAUUUAUGCCAUGUCUAAUAAAGUUAUUAUAUAGCAGUGUUUGGGGCAAAUAUUUCAUCACCUUAGUGCAAUAAUGGAUUAAGUCCUUCUAAAUUCAAUAGGAGUUGACCAGUUAUUGCACUAAGGUGACAAAUUUUGUCCUUUUUAGACCAGUUUUGGUUCAGAUUAUUCGUACCAUUAUUUUAGUGGUUUUUGUUGUUGUUUGUUUUGUUGUUUUUUUUGUUCUUUUUCGUAUUUUAUUAUAAUUAUUAUUUUAGAAUGAUUCUUACUGUUGUGUUAUGUAUUGCAAUUAAACGGACAAUUCAUUAUUUCAGUCUCUGAUACCUGCAAGAUUAGUUGUCCUUUGCUUGCAAUUUAAUUAUAUUAUGGUUGUCCUUUGCUUACAAUUAUAUAAUGUACAUGUUGACAUAUUGCAUUGAAGUUAUGAUUAUAACCUUGAAGGUUUUUUUAAUAAAUAAGACUGUUUUUAAAAUGUUUUUACAGCUUUUAUUAUGAUACAGAAUUAAAAUAUCUGAAAUUGUU